CAAAGUGCCAUUCAUUCGCUUCAGAUCUUUCAAGUGAACUUGAAAUACUAAUAAAAAAAAUUAAAAUGGAUUUCUCAAAGAUAUUUUUCUUUGUAUUCGCCUGUUUUCUGGCUUUGAGCACUGUGUCUGCUGCUCCGAGUCCGAAGUGGAAAAUUUUCAAGAAAAUUGAAAAAGUGGGGAGGAACAUUCGUGAUGGAAUUAUUAAAGCUGGUCCGGCAGUGCAAGUUUUGGGUCAAGCUAAAGCCAUAGGAAAAUAAUACCAAUACAACCGGAAAUAGGUUUUAAUUUUAAAUGUCAUCUAUAGUAUAACAUUCACCUCUUUCAAUGUUCUAGUCCAAUCUGUCACUUGCCUUAAUAGUAAAUAUAAGAAUCUACUUUAUGUAUAAUAAACAAUUAUCAGUAUA